GCCGGCACCAUGAUGGGCUUUCAGGUAGACGAUGUGGAGAUCGACCCGGUCACUCUGAACCUGAUCAUCCUGAUUGCGAGUUACGUGAUCUUGCUGCUGGUCUUCCUCAUCUCCUGCAUCCUCUACGACUGCCAGGGAAAAGACCCCACCAAGGAGUAUGCACCGGACCCCCAGCCCAGCGCCACACAAACACCCAUCCGCCUGGUGGUCAUGCAGGGGUCCCCUGCCACCCGCUGGGACCAGAACAAAACGGUCACCACAUAUGAAUCAGCAGGGGGAGAGCAGAGGGAGAAAAAAACUACACUCGUCUGACCACAGGAGUGGACUAACCUGUA